ACGAAAUAGUAGUAGAAGUAAUUCACAGCGAAAUUCCAUGCGUUGGUCAGAUCACAUAUGCUGAAGAUAACUGUCAGCGCUGCUCUUCUCCAGGCGAUCGAGUAUAACCGAAAGUGACGGCUGGAUCAUUAUCCUCGGCGCGAAUGAAUGUAGGCGCGAAUGAAAAUAGGAAACACAUUUAACACCUUUUCUCGUGUUCGGGUUAUAUAAUAGUAACGUUAAUCGUUACAAGAUUUUCAGCAUCCAUAUUAUUAUGUCCAAAUCUAAAGCCCAGGUACCUCGAUUAAAGAAUUUAUUUUUCCUAGGCAUGAUGCUUGGGUGCGGAUCGCUUGUGCUACUAGUACUUAAUACCGAUCACAGGUUUAAUAUCGAGUACAACAGCUGGGUUUAUAUAAAACGACAGUAUGCUGUAGAUUACAAACCCGACAAUUCCAGUAGCAUACGGACAGAAGGCUGUCGUAUACCAUUCAUGCGAGCAGAUGAAAAGUUAAUUCGAGAAAUGGAAAAAGACAUACAUGAAAUACAACCAUGCCCACCUCACCCUUUGUUGGGUUCAAAUAAAACUCAUAUUUGGAUUGUGAAAGAAAAUUUGUUUCAUUAUAAUUUAAGUAGUUCUAGUAACUUAACAUGUUGCUACAAAUCCUUUUAUCGUCCUACGUCUAUUGAUGACAUCACAGCUUCCCAUAUUGAUGACCGAGUCAAAUACAAUAGGUGUCGUAACUUUUCAGACAUUAUUAUUGUGAACGACGAGUUUGUUAGAGUUGUUUGUAGUGACACAAAAACACUCUUCGACUCUUUUUAUGCAUUUGUUCGUGAAAAAGAACUAAUAACAAAUUCGCAGAAACAUUUACCCUAUAACAUAUUGAUUUUGGGGAUAGACGCAGUUUCUAGGUUAAGUCUUCACAGGACUAUGCCUAAAACUGUAAAUUUUUUGAAGGAGCUGGGUGCUGUGGAAUUAUUAGGAUAUAAUAAAGUUGGAGAUAAUACAUUUCCUAAUUUAAUACCUCUGUUGCUGGGCAAAAAAGAUACGGAAUUACAGGACACAUGUUGGCCAAACAGCAGAUCAACUUUCGACAACUGUCCUUUUAUAUGGGAACGAUACCAGAAAGCCGGAUUUGUGACGGCGUUGGCCGAAGACACCUCUUGGAUGGGCACAUUUAACUAUUUCAAGCGCGGCUUCGCGGGCUCUCCAACAGACUACUAUCUGCGCACUUUCAUCCACGAAGCGGAGAAUAUUGCAGGUACCAAUGAAGACGGCAACUCGAAAUUAUGCAUGAACGAAAAUUUUUUCUACAAGAUUCUCGUAGACUAUGUCGAGGACUUGACAACGACGUUGAAAAGUAAAUUAUUUGGAUUUUUUUGGGAAACAACAAUGAGUCACGAUAACUUAAACUAUCCAAUGGUGAUGGAUGACAGCUACUCUGACCUUUUCAGAAAAAUGUAUAUCUCAGGUUACUUGAACGAAACAAUAAUCUUCUUAAUUAGCGACCACGGUAUGAGGUGGGGAGAAUUUCGCUCAACGAAGCAGGGAUUUUUAGAAGAUAGGUUACCAUUCGUAAUCACCUUAGUCCCCCCGUCGUUUCGAUAUAAUUUUAACGAGGCAUAUAACAAUCUAAAAACAAACAGCCAUCGUUUAACCACGCCAUUCGACAUGCACGCCACAUUAGCCGAUUUAAUCAAUCUAGAAAAUAUCAAUAACGCUAAAAUAAUUUCUCGAAGUUACGAUGCCUACUCUACUAAUCGAGACAUUAGUUUAUUUUUACCUAUCCCGGAGAACAGAACUUGUGAAUCAGCUGCCAUAGAAGACCAUUGGUGCACAUGUUAUCGAUAUACUAAGAUAAAGUCCAACAACCGUGUAGCUAAGGAGGCUGUUAAGCAAGUAGUAUCUCAGUUGAACGAUCUCCUUGAGGACUAUCCAAAGUGUGCAGAGCUCACAAUUGCGGAAGUGCUGGAGGUGACACGACUGUUACCCGGUAGCUUCAAAGAAAACAAAAAAGAUUUUAUUCAGUUGACUGUGGUGGUACGUACGAAUCCUGGCGGGGGUGAGUUUGAAGCCACUAUAGGGCGUGAAGGUGGUCUUGGUGGCAAGUGGACUCUUGAGGGUUCAGUGAGCAGGCUGAACCUCUACGGAAAUCAAAGCUAUUGCGCUCCGACUUCCGAACUCAAACUCUACUGUUAUUGCGUUAAUUCCACGCUAACGACCACGGAACUUAAUAUAUCAUUUGUAAACUAGAAAAAAUAUGUUAGUUCGUAUCAGAAACCUAUUUCGUACUGUAACCACAUGAUACCUAUUAUUAUUUAUUCUGUGCCUAUGUAUCUGUUUGAUGACAUUAAUUUCAUGGUUGAAUUUACAUUUAUCGUCAAAAAUUCAAUUGUGUGUGCAUUUUAAGAAUAAUGUUUUCUGAGUGAGUUGAGUUUUCUUAGUGCGGUUGCAUGGCACUCAUAAAGCCAUUAACUAUUGUAAUUUGUAAUUACUGUCUUCAAUAGUGUAAGUAAUUGGCCUAAUUAGACGACGAUAAUAAGUCUAAUCGGCACGUGUAUCUAAUGGCAAUUAUGUUGGUCCUUAAGUCGGUAUCAUAUAUUUAAAACGCGUUUUACAAU